AUGAUCGAGUACGACCUGGUAAUAAAAAAUGGUUUAAUUUGCACUGCAAGUGAUAUCUAUCCGGCAGACAUCGCAAUUGCGAACGGGAAAGUAUGCUGUAUUGCAAAAAAUAUCGAUGAAAAUUUGGCUAAUGAAGUCAUUGAUGCCGAAGGAGGUAUUAUCACACCGGGUGGUAUUGAUGCGCACGUUCACGUCGACGAGCCAAUGAAACUCCUCGGCGAUGUCGCGGACACAAUGGAAGAUGCCACAAUGAGCGCAGUUGCUGGUGGGACAACAACUGUAAUUGCCUUUGCUUCCCAGGAUACAUCUUUGAAGGGCCCAAAGGCAUUGUCAGAAUCUGUGGGAAAAGCCAUUGCAUUAUAUGGAAAGCAGACCCUUUACUGCGAUUACGCACUUCACUUAAUAAUUGCAAAAUUGGAGAAGGAUGGUUUAGCGGGGCGAGAUAUCUUGGGUGAACAACUUGAAACCCUCUAUGCUGACCAUAGUGUCACCAGUUUGAAACUUUUCAUGACCUACCCAGGGCUGCAAAUGUCUGAUUAUAACAUACUGAAUACGAUGUACAAUACGAGAAAAAACGGAUUUACCACUAUGAUUCAUGCGGAAAAUGGAGAUAUGGUGAAAUGGAUGAUAGAUUCUUUAGAAGAACAGGGAUUGACUGAACCAUACUACCAUGGCGUAUCACGUCCAACCAUUGUUGAGGGUGAAGCCACAAAUAGAGCCGUCACGCUGGCUAGGACAAUGGAUACCCCGAUCCUAUUCGUGCAUGUUUCUUCACCACAAGCAGUAGAUGUGAUAAGGAAGGCUCAAACCGAUGGUCUCAAAGUAUAUGCAGAAACCUGUCCCCAAUACGUGCUUUUGUCUGAUAUGGACACCAAAUGUCAUGGUAACCAUGACGAUAAAUUUAUUGGUGCGAAGAACAUUUGCUCUCCGCCACUAAGAGAGGAAGAGUGCCAGAAACGGAUAUGGCAGGGUAUGAAUGACGGCUCCUUUACUAUUGUUAGUUCUGAUCAUUGUCCUUAUUUGUAUUCUGAUAAGGGCCAGGGUAAGCAUAAUGCAUUCAAAAAUGGGAAAAAUGGAGACUUCAAAUAUAUUCCGAAUGGCAUGCCCGGUGUAUCUACAAGGAUGCCACUGCUUUUUGAUUAUGGAUGUCUCAGGGGUAAUUUGAGGUCGAUGAUGAAAUUUGUAGAAAUUAAUUGUACAAAUCCUGCAAAGCUAUACGGCUGCUAUCCACAAAAGGGAGCUUUACUUCCAGGUUCAAGUGAUGCGGAUCUUGUCAUUUGGUAUCCAAAUGACAUCAAAACAUAUAAAAACAGACCCAAGACAAUAACCAAUGCUUUAUUACAGCAUGCAUGCGAUUAUACGCCAUUCGAGGGCUUUGAGAUAAAAAACUGGCCCAGAUACACAAUUGUGCAUGGAAGAAUUGUGUACAAGGAAGGAAUGAUUAUACGCGAUAAUGCCAAGGGAUCCUAUCUUCCAAGAUCUAAAAGUAGCUUAUGUACACCAGAUGGCGAUUGGCUAACGGAAUGGCGGCCGAUUUAUGCGAAGUAG